ACAUGGUCUUAGAGUACUGCAGAAAUGGUUCACUGCGUGACUGGUUGUUAACACAGAAGGCAAAGGGAGGUGAACUGAGCGCCGACACUGCUGAUCGUAUGACGGAGUAUGCUGUACAAAUAGCAGCAGGAAUGGAACAUCUGAGUAAUAACCUGAUUGUCCACAAGAGACUGAUGUCUAAGAAUGUCCUCCUCAAUGGUAAAAUGGUUGCCAAGGUGAUGGGAUUUGGUCCUGAGGGAAAAGAUGCAGCCAAAAACAAGAGUCGUUUACCCACCAAAUGGAUGGCCUUGGAAAUUCUGCAGGAUCCUCAGCUGAAAUAUACCACUGCGUCUGAUGUCUGGGCCUUUGGUAUCACUUUAUGGGAGAUAUACAGCCUGGGUGACCUUCCUUAUCCAACUGGACACAAGGACAAACUGAUAACCCUGCUGGAGAGUGGAACUCGCCCAGACAAGCCUGUAGAGUGCCCAGAUGAUAUCUACAACCAAGUGAUGCUGAAAUGCAUGGACCAUGAUCCAAGCAAGCGUCCAUCAUUCCAACAGAUUAAGGACCAGUUGAAUGAUUUCUUCCACCCUCCUCCAGAUGAUAGUGGCAUAUACUAUGGUUUAUAAGAGUAGCUGUGAACAUGUGUCUUGCACCUUGACAUGUUCUUUUCGUUGGAGAUGGAAUUAGGAACUAAUUACUCUCUGGAGAUUGAAAUAAGGACUGAUUACUGGACACUGAUAAAACGAUUUUAUUAGAAGACUUGAAGUAGCUGCCUUUGCUGCUUAAAAUGUAUUUGCAUACAAUAUAUAUUAUCCCCACCUUUUCAUGCAGAAAAUGUACCUGUAUUGUCCCCUUACCAUGCUCUUGAACAAUGAUAAUAGUGAUCAGUAAUCCGAAGUAACUUAAGUCAAAGUACUUGUAGUAGUUUUCUUCCUGACUUCAUUCUUUUUUACAGAAGUAUUGCAAUUUAGUGGUCUGCCUCUUAAGUCAUAUUGCAUAUACCAAUAACUUGCAUGUUGUAUGGAAACUAUACAUAUUCUGGAUGGAAAAUG